AUCUCUUUCUUAGCUUUUUACAUGCAAAUAAAUAUAAUGUUUAAUUUCGUUAUAUUAUCUUUUUUCCCUUAGAUUUUUGCUCUUCAUUCUACUUUGUCUAUAAUUUGUAGGAUAGAAUUAUCAUGUAAAUCCUUGUUGUUUUGGGUGAUGCAACUGAUGAUUUGGUUGAGCUUAGCUUUAGCUUGUUCAGAUGUCUAUCCUCCUCCAAAAAUUUCUAGAACUCUUCUCUCAACCGCUAAUGGAACUAUGUGCUUGGAUGGGAGCCCUUCUGCCUACUUCUUUGACGAGGGUGAAGGAGAGGGUGUUGAUAAUUGGUUAAUUUUCUUUGAGAUUAGCUACAAUUUGUCACCUGUCCAUGUGACUUGCCUUCUGGGCAAAAACUGCACUUUGGCUGAAAUGGCUUCAAUAAUUGAAGCUCUAAGAUUGGGAUUAAUUCAUGCGUUACCAAUGAGUGAUCCCUCCUUUCGAGGAAUUUGGGUAACAAACUGCAUCACCCACGAUAUCACGGUGUUCUCUUGGAUUGCUGCACUGCCGCUACGUAUAUAUGGAAACAAGACUUAUCCUCAGGUAUUCGCUGAUUGGUUCUAUGAUCGAUCGGCAGUGCAAAUUAUUGAUCAAUCCACUGAAGGAAAAAAUUGCUCAGACUAUAGCAUCGUAAUUAAGAAGAAGUGGACAUGAUCGAAAUGUUAUUUGAAUUAUGAUGGACACUGCUUUCCGUUAAAGAAUGGAAUAAUUGAUUCGGCCAUCCCCUCUCUCUUUGUUAAUUUCCAAAAUUGCAGUAGGGAUGGGCUGGCCAUCUAAUUAUUAUGUAUUUAUUAUUAAUUACAAAUGUUAUAGUUGAUAUAUCUAUGUUAGGCUAAUAUAUAAUGAGUUAAUACCCAA